CAACCGCCGCCCGGCCGGCGGUCAGCUGACGGCGCCCGGCAGGCCGCGAACAUGGCGGCCGAGAUCCACUCCAGGCCGCAGAGCAGCCGCCCGGUGCUGCUGAGCAAGAUUGAGGGCCACCAGGACGCCGUCACGGCCGCGCUGCUCAUCCCCAAGGAGGACGGCGUCAUCACGGCCAGCGAGGACAGGACCCUCCGUGUAUGGCUGAAAAGAGACAGUGGCCAGUACUGGCCCAGCAUUUACCACACCACAGCCUCUCCUUGUUCUGCCAUGGCGUAUCAUCACGACAGCAGGCGGAUAUUUGUGGGCCAGGAUAACGGGGCCGUGAUGGAAUUUCAUGUUUCUGAAGAUUUUAAUAAAAUGAACUUCAUCAAGACCUAUCCAGCUCAUCAGAACAGGGUGUCUGCCAUCAUCUUCAGCAUGGCCACGGAGUGGGUGAUCAGCACUGGCCACGACAAGUGUGUGAGCUGGAUGUGCUCGCGGAGCGGGAGCAUGCUGGGGCGGCACGUCUUCUCCUCCUGGGCCUCGUGUCUGCAGUACGAUUUUGAUACUCAGUAUGCGUUUGUUGGUGAUUAUUCUGGACAGAUCACCCUGCUGAAACUCGAGCAGAGCACGUGCACAGUCAUCACCACCCUCAAAGGACACGAAGGUAGUGUUGCCUGCCUCUGGUGGGACCCGAUUCAGCGGUUACUCUUCUCAGGAGCAUCCGACAACAGCAUCAUCAUGUGGGACAUCGGAGGCAGGAAAGGCCGGACGCUUUUGCUUCAGGGCCACCAUGACAGGGUGCAGUCACUGUGUUACCUUCAGCUCACCAGGCUGCUUGUCUCCUGCUCCUCGGAUGGUGGGAUUGCAGUGUGGAACAUGGACGUCAGCAGAGAAGAGGCUCCUCAGUGGUUGGAAAGCGACUCCUGUCAGAAAUGUGAGCAGCCCUUUUUCUGGAAUAUAAAGCAGAUGUGGGACACAAAGACCCUGGGGCUGAGACAACAUCACUGCCGGAAGUGCGGGCAGGCCGUGUGUGGCAAGUGCAGCAGCAAGCGCUCCAGCUAUCCGGUCAUGGGCUUCGAGUUCCAGGUCCGUGUGUGCGACGCGUGCUACGACUCCAUCAAGGACGAGGAGUGAGUGCUC